AUUUGUUUUUGAUUUGGCGUCAAAGCUGGGCAAACUAAUUAAAAUGUUUGAUUUACGCAAGUUUAAAAUAGAUAUAAUCAGAUUAAAAAUCGUUUGGAGUAGUGUCAAUGAAUUGCUUUUGUGUGUUGUGUAUAUGUGUAUUUUGACGUUUGUCGUGAUAUUUCCCGAAGGUUACCGUUUAUAUUUUGACGCACUUACCACAAGUAUCAAAUCAAAGUUACAAAAAUAGAUUCAUCGCGGCUUCCGUAAUUCUAGUAUUUCCAGUCGGGCCACAGGACAAGAUAAAUACAUACGUCUGACACUGACACAGAAAUGGCCAGUCACAUCGUCACCAGGUUUUUUCGACCUCUGAAGUCCACGCUGCUUCAGACUUUUCCCAGUCAGUCGUGCCUCCAGCAGCGAGUGAAGGUGGCAGCGUCCGCGGUGUGGAGCAGACACGUUUCCAGUGACCUACGUCCAGAAAGAAUUAGCCGCUACCCAGUCCCAAACAAGAAGGACUUACCGUACGAUAUCGUGGAGCUGAUGGAAGAAGUUGAAACAAAAGGAGGUUUUUUACCAAACGUGUUUAAAGUACUUUCCCACAGACCAGCAGAGUUCAGAGCCUUCUUUGCCUACUACAAUGAACUGAUGAACAAGGAGACAGGCAAAUUAACCAAAGCAGACCGAGAGCUGAUUGUCGUGGCAACCAGUGCACACAACGAGUGUCUCUAUUGUGUGAUAGCCCACAGUGCACUGCACCGUAUCUUCUCUAAGAAACCCACUCUUUCUGAUCAGGUUAUUGUGAAUUAUAAGAAUGCAGAGCUGGAACCUCGGGAGCGAGCUAUGGUGGAUUUUGCUAUGGCCGUGUGUCACAGCGACACCAUCACCGAGGAGCACUUCAAGUCACUGGAGGAAGUGGGCUUUGACCGUGAGGAUGCCUGGGACAUUGCUGCCGUUGCUGCUUUUUUUGCCAUGUCCAAUCGACUGGCCCACCUCACUGACAUGAGGCCCAACCUGGAAUUUUACAAUAUGGGACGUAUUCCACGGGACAAGAACAAGGCAGAGGGAGACAGCAAGUGAAAAAUGUCACAUGACACACUAUUGUUUCAAUAAAUAUUACUGAUAUCACACUUGCACCUGCAGAAACCUUUGAUAAUAUAUAUAUAUAUUAUAAAAAACAUUCUGGGUUGGGCAUUAACAGUAGAUCUGGAGAAGGCCAGUAUCUUUUUCUCUGUUUGAAAUCAAUCAAAAAAUUGUUUUAUGGUCAAAUUUUACAUUUAAAAUGUUUGAAAACCUUUAAAUAAACCUAUUUUUCUUGA